AAAAGGUCCAUCAACGAAGCUAUCUUUCAUCGCGAACCGCAAAAGGAAUGUGCUUCUUGCCAAAAGAGAAGACUAACGCUCAGAAUGUCUCUAUAUAUCGCUCACAGACUACCAUGUCACACCGGUGCUGUCCUUGAAACCCAUGGGCUUACAAGACACACUCUCAGCCACGCCGAGAAAGCUUGUCAUAUCGAUCCAUGCAGGUGUGUGACCGGGUCUUAGGUUCGUGGUCGAAUGUGGUCCAAGGUCACAUUCGACUCUUCCGACGUGGCAUGUCAGUGAUGGUGUAUCAAGUGUUCCCAUCAGCCAGAAUCAUGCUUGCCCUUCGAUUAGCGUUUGAUAUGUUGAAGGCAGCAGAUUUUCCGCCGGCAGUACGAGGGUUAUCAACACUACUCUCACGACGAACAGCUAUCUCCAUCGCCAAAGAAUUGCCUCAUUCUAACCCUUUUGUCGGAAGCUUGACGGCCUUGGCCUCUUGGUGGAGUGGUUCCGCAUUGAGAAUAUUUGCAAUCUUAACACCAGACACGCUCCAAGUUGAGGCCUGCUCGAUGACCGCAGGUCUUGCUCCUUGGGGCAUUGUUGAAGCACUUCAGAUACUGCCUAGAACCCAAGCUUCACCAAGAUAUGAGAGCAACAUCCACUUGAACGUGAUUCUCAAAUGAUCUGCACGCAUCAAGCAGAACAAGCAGCAGAGAGUGCAGGGCCGAGUCUCACGAUCCGCCUCCUGUUUGUUCCGACUUGACAUUCUGGGCGAUCGGCAUACGCACUCCGAGAGCCCUUGGCGGAAAGCUUUGGAUCAGGGGAGGAUGACGGGCUCCCUUGGCAUUGUUGGCAUUGAAGUUGUACUGGGCCAUGGAUUCCGCCAAGAAGCGUAUCCAUUGCCAAACCCGCCAAGGCCGCCCCGGUCAUUGAUUCAAAAUCAGUUCCGCCCAAUGGAACAUCCCAUAUGUUGAGUGACCCUGUCUGAUAACGCGGCGGAGCCCCUUGGACAACUUGAUUCAUGCCAUGGACAAGAGUUUCAUGCCACAGACGAUGGCCUUGGCUGACGACCUUGAUGGGUGGUC